GUCUCUGCUCCAAAGUAAGACAGUGAGCAAAUGAAAAAUAGGGAGAGGGAAGUCUGUAUCGAGUUAUGUAUUGAAAUACUCGAGUUAGUAACUCAACCAAAGAUCAAACUACUAGGGCGUUUUUAUUAUUCAAAUCCAGUUGAAGUAAAUAAUAUAUAUUAACUUUUUCAAGUGAUGUUAUUACUUCUGGCUUUGAUGAAGGAAAAAAUGCCAAGUAUGCUAGCACGUUUAGGAAUUUCUUGAUUGCUUCUUUAUUGGGAGAUGCCCUUUCAUCAAACAAUGAAGACGAUGAGAAGCUCACCCUUUUAUUAUCAUACCACACUAGAAUUCUUCACAUCUUUUUUACUAAUUUUUUGUGAUGAAAGCUGAUGAUCCACAUGGAGAAAGUUAAGUAAGGGAAGACAUUCGCGCGUGCUCAGCAAGUUUUGAAGCGUGCGCUUUGCACCUUGCGGUGUUUUACAAAUUCUUCAGGGCGGCAAAAAUGUCAGUUCUCAUCUCGAGAGGAAUCUGUUAACUUGAAAGGGAUCAAAAGCUUGAUUAGACACAGUGAUGAAAACCUUGAUUAUUAUUCUAUUCGGCAUAAGCUUGAGUUUAGCAUACCAAAAUGGUCAUCACCUCGGAUUUCCAGUUCAUUCUGUAGCUCUGGGAUCUCAAGCUACUUUUUAUUGGAGAGUGGAACCAACUAAAGAAACCGUAGAAAUAGAAGUUCAUUAUGUAUCAGAAGAUCAUUCUUGGUUUGCUGUGGGAUUUUCAGACCGUGGAGAAGCCAAGCCUAGCGAUUAUUGUGUGCUUUGGAUUGAUUGGCAUCUAAACGUACACUUUCAUGAUGCUCAAGCGAAUGAAAAAGGAAUUAUUGAAAUUGAUUUACAACAAGAUUGUAAAGAAUUUGUAUGGAAACGAUCUGGAGUUGGAAAUGUAACUAAAUUCGCGUUUACUCGUAAAUUUGACACGUGUGACGAACAAGAUUAUGUUAUCGAAAGAGGUACCACCCACAUUGUUUGGGCAAAAGGACGGGGUCCGCUUUCAUCUCUAAAAGGACUCAAUAUUAUCAAUGAUGCGACCGCUUCUGGAAUGUCAAGAACUGAACUGUUGAGACUUGUAGUUCAUGAGAAACCUAAAUUUCCAUCUGAUACAUGGAAACAUGAUCUUCUUGCUGAUCAUGUCAAUGUUCCUGACGAAGAAACUACUUAUUGGUGUAGAGUCGAAAAACUGCCGAAAGCUUUAAAACGAAAACAUCAUAUUCUUCAAUUUGGCCCUGUAAUUCAAAAAGGAAAUGAGCAUUUAGUUCAUCAUAUGGAAGUUUUUCAUUGUGCAGGUCCUGCUAAUGCCAUAAUUCCACUUUAUAAUGGUCCUUGUACUGCUCCUGAUCGUCCUCAAGCAACGCAAAUUUGUAAAAAAGUAUUGGCAGCCUGGGCAAUGGGUGCAGAUGCUUUCAUUUAUCCAAAAGAAGCUGGUCUAUCAGUUGGUGGAGAAUCCUUUAAUCCUUAUGUGAUGCUUGAAGUUCAUUACAAUAAUCCAGAACGUAUAAAAGGUGCCAUUGACUCCUCAGGAAUAGAAUUUUAUCUUACAGAAACUUUGAGAAAAUACGACGCUGGCGUCAUAGAAUUAGGCCUUGAGUACAUUGAUAAGAUGGCAAUUCCUCCUCAUCAAGAAUUAUUUGAGUUGUCUGGUCACUGCAUAUCUGAAUGCACAGGCGUAGGUUUACCUCAGAGUGGAAUUUUUGUAUUCGGAUCUCAAUUACAUACUCAUUUAACUGGAACGGCUGUUCGUACUAGACAUAUUAGAGAUGGACGUGAAUUACCUCCGUUAAAUUAUGAUAAUCAUUAUUCUACACACUUUCAGGAAAUUCGUUUACUUCCUCAACCUGUACAUGUUCUACCAGGUGAUUCAUUGAUAACAACUUGUACAUAUAAUACUCAAGAUAGAUCAAACGUAACACUUGGUGGCUUUGCUAUAUCUGAUGAAAUGUGUGUUAAUUAUAUCCAUUAUUACCCCAACACUCGUUUGGAAGUUUGUAAAAGUGCCAUUAGUGAUGACGCUUUACGUACUUACUUCCGAUAUUUGAGAGAAUGGGAAAAUCAGAAAACAGAUUUUGAUGAUGCCAUCUCUAAAAGCUAUCAAAAUAUUGAAUGGACCAAAGUUCGAGUUACUGCUCUUCAUGAUCUUUAUCAGGCUGCACCACUUGGAAUGCAAUGCAAUGGUUCUGAUGGAUCUCGUUUACCUGGACUAUGGGAUAAUAUAGCUACGAUUCAAGUUCGAUUACCUUUACCUCCACCAGCCAGAGAUUGUCAUGAUAUACAUGAUUUGUCUAAUUAUGAUAACAAUUUAGAUCAUUCAAUGUGAAUAAUAGUAUAUUUAAAUAUGUAAAGACAAAGUAAAUUAUUGUUCUUUAAGAUUGUUGAGUAAAAAGUUUAAAAUAGACUAUUAAUCGAAAAUUAAAUAUUAGUUUUAUGAAUAACUAUCAUCAGCACGAUAAAAUACUUUUAAUUUUUUUUAAAUUGACAUAUCUAAAUAAACAUAGCUAGUCAUACAUAAUAGAUUGUAUAAUGGAAAUCGUU